GCAUCCCCGCGUCCCUGCGCCUCCUUCGUUCCUUCCCUCUGUAUCCCAAGUUUAGGGCCUGUCAAGUCCGCUUACCCCCUCACACUUGGGACAAGACUUAACUCUUUUGUUACUGGUAUUUUUUUCUUUACGUGACGCGCAGGGCGGGCCCCCGCCUGAGGCUGAGGGUACUGGGAAGCUCCCGCCCUUCGACCCCCGCGGGCUCCGGGUUGCUGAGGACACUCCCGCGGCACCCUUGUUUUCCCAGGGGCUGUGUGCCCACUGUGGGCCCUCGCUCCAAAUAAUCCCUGCGGUGGGAACAUCCCUUUCCCGGGUUUCAACAGCCAGACUUUUCGACUCAAAGUUUAGUGCAAGGUCCAGAAGACUUGGUAACCAAUCUCAUCAUUCUCAGAAUUACCCUUCCUGUAUGGUUUUUCCCCAGGAAUGAGAAGAUACAGAUGAGGCUGCUGUGUCUAUCAGAAGGGAACUUUUGUACCAUUUGCCUUCAGACUGAGUCUAUGUGUGUUCUAGUGUUUUAGUAUUCAAAAUAAAUGUCGCUUACUUGAUUGAGGUGGUGCCAUGCAGCAAGAAGCAGCAAGAUGCAGAGUUCGAGCUAGGAGGCCUGAUAUGGCACUUUAUGUACCUAAAGCUCGAAGGGGUGUAGUACUCAAGACAGGUGACAAGGAAAAAAGCUGUGGUCCACCUAACUCCGUGGUGAAAGAAGAACAAAGAGAAGAUUGUCUCUCCCAAAAAGAGAUCUUUAAAGACAAACCUGAGACUCAAAGACCAAGUAUUAAUCCUGAUGAAAAGGAGCACAAUCGUAGGGAAGGAAAGAAAUCUUCAACAAAAUUAAAGAAAGACACAUGCCCUCAAGAAAGAAGUAAAGAUAGGAUUUGUACUAAGAGAGGAGCCACGGAAUCCAAAGACAUAUUAUCCCAGGAAUAUCAGCAAGGAGACCUAAAUCCUGAGGUUAUUCCUAGUGUAUCUUUACAAAGACAUUUUAAACCAAAGAAGGUAGAAUGUUUGGAGGAUGAAAGCACAGAUGUGACAGGACGUGAAAGGUUACUUCUGACUCAGUCUUGUUCAGAAAUCAGUAAGGCUCAGGUUCUAAACAAACCAUUCCAAAAUGUGGAACUCUAUGAUCUCACUAGGCACAAACUAAUUGGGGAAACAUUUGAAGGCGGAGAUUUGGAAAGCAGAGUUGAAACUGAUGCCAAGGUUGUAGAGGUACUAUCCCAGUUUCCUAGAGAUUUUAGUUCUGUUUUGAAACCUGAGUGUAUGAUUGCACCAGUAAAACUCAGCUCUGAUUCUGGAAUUGUGCAACAAGGCAUGCAAAUAUCAGAUGGAAUGUUGAAGCUCAGCAGUGGAGGCAUCACCACUAUUCUUGUUCCUGGAAGUUCAGAUGGUGUCACUGAUCAAACUUGUGUAGACUUUGAAGCUGAGAAUGUUGGUGAUAGAGUCAGCAGUACUCAUUUCAUCUUGGGUCAGAAAGGUGUAGAUUCCAUUCCUGAGACAAUGAGUCACAUCUCUCAUAGAAUGACUGUAGUCAACAAAUUAGAGAGCACAAAUGGCAUUUUUGAUCCAAUAGUGAUGAGAGAAUGUGAGGAUAAUGGCAGUGCUGCGGAUGAGUUAUGUGUAAAGUAUGGACCUUCUGAUACAGUUGUCCUUGUUCAUGAAACAGAUACAGAUAAUGAGUCUAAGAGUGUAGGUGACAUUACAAAUGAGGCAUGUAAGAUAGACAAUACAGAUGAUCAAAUAACUGUAGGCAGCCCUUGUGUAGUUGCAGUUAGAAUAGCUGAUGAGGCCUGUAGCAACACAAGUAGUUUCUCAAAAUAUUUAGGAAUGGAUGAAGGUACAGCUUCUCUUCAUGUAGCUGGAAGUGGGAAUGACACUGAAAAUUUCAGCAACCUGACUGCUUGCUCAGAUAUUUCUGCUAAGCAUGUUUCAUCCAGUUUCACAGAGUCAACAGGGAAGUUGAUAGAGAGCUUGUCAGAUUAUGCUUCCUCCUUACCUAUAAAGAAGAUCUCCUUACCUAUAAAGAAGAUUGCUGGUAGUAAUUGUAACACUUUUUUGGACUCUGAACUCAGUAUGCUAAAUGGGACAAAAGUACUUUCAGAUAGUGCCUUGGGCAAUGAUCUAGAUUGUACUGGUGAUAUAACAGAAGCAUUGCAGAAACUGAAAACUGCUGAAGAGUUCAAAACAAAAGAGGAAGAUGACUCAGAGAAUAUAGAAUUUGGUAUAUCUUUUCCUGAUGUAGAACCAGUAUCUAUGGGGACAUCCAUGGAACCGAAAGCAACUGAAACUUCUCGCAUUGAGGGAAGUGCUGUUACUGAGGAGAGCUGGGAGUCCAUGUUUAAUGAUGACGGUGACUGCCUGGAUCCACGUCUUCUUCAAGAGUUAUCAGGGAAUAUGAAGAAUAGAAAAAGCAUCCAAGAACCUAGAUUUGAUUAUUACAACAAUGAAGUUCCUGAUAUUGACCUCAGUGAUUGUGAAUUCCCACAUGUCAUUGAAAUUUAUGACUUCCCCCAAGAAUUUCGUACUGAAGACCUUCUACGAGUUUUCUGCAGUUAUCAGAAGAAAGGAUUUGAUAUUAAAUGGGUGGAUGAUACACAUGCCCUAGGAGUAUUCUCCAGUCCGAUUACAGCUCGUGAUGCUCUGGGUAGCAAACAUGCCAUGGUGAAGAUCCGGCCCUUGUCACAGGCCACAAGAGCAGCCAAGGCCAAAGCUAGGGCUUAUGCUGAAUUCCUCCACCCAGCAAAAGAGCGUCCUGAGACUUCAGCAGCCCUAGCCAGAAGGCUGGUCAUCAGUGCCCUUGGGGUUCGAAGUAAACAGAGCAAAACUGAACGGGAAGCCGAACUCAAGAAACUGCAAGAAGCCCGAGAGAGAAAACGAUUGGAAGCCAAGCAACGAGAAGACAUCUGGGAAGGUAGAGACCAGUCUGCAGUGUGAACAUCACCCAAUGAGAGGGAUAAUUCCUUGAAUUCAGAAAAUAUUUCCACAGUCUUCAGAUAAGAGGAUCCUUCCAGAGCUCUGUGCACAUGCAGAUAUGUGUGUCAAAGAAAGAAAGAAAGAGAUAAAGCAAUCAAGACAAGGACUGACUGGCAUAGAAAGAAGACAGACUCCCGUUUGUCUUCAUUCUUAAAUGCAAUUCUUUGGAAUCGUCUUAUUGUGUUGGGCUUCAGAGAGAGCCAUCAGCCAGGAAGAAACUUGGAAAAUGUGACUGCCAGGAGUCCUCUGGACAGGGCAAGUCACAUUAGCAUGGGUCACACAUCAGAGAUGUUUUAAGCAAAAACAAAACAGAACUCAAACCUGCAAUGAUGGGAGAUUUAGGCCCUGCAAAACCAGAGUGUUCCUUAGUACCUCACAAUGCUAAGAACAGCAAUAUUGAGGGAAGGAACGGAGCAGCUAGUACGAAGAGACAGAACAGCGUCUGGUGUACUUAGUAUUCACAGAAUCUACACUGCCAGUUCCAGAACUCCAAAAUUGGUGAACUGCAGCAGAUGUGAGUAUUUGGACUCCAGAAUUUGUACUGAGUUAAGUGCUUGGGGCUGCUCCAGCUGCACAGCAGCCAGGGGCAUGUCAGCUCCAUUCCUCAUAGGAAGCCAGUCUUGGGAACUGUAUGCCAGUUCCAGUUUAAGCAGUACUAUCAUGUUGUAAGAGGGAGACAUUAAAGCCCAUUUUAUGACAUAGA